GUGAUACUGCUGUAGCGGCUCAAGCUUCUCUGAAGACUCGGAGAGAGGCAGCUGAGGCUCAGAGAAGAUACCCCCAGACUCUUAAAAAAAUUUUUUGGAGACAAAUCAUUCUUACUGUCCCACAAGAUGACAAACAGUUCUACCUUCUGUCCAGUUUACAGAAAUCUGCAGCCAUUCACAUAUUUCUUUUAUUUAGUUUUCCUUAUUGGAUUUAUUGGAAGCUGUUUUGCAACCUGGGCUUUCAUACAGAAAAACACAAAUCAUAGGUGCGUAAGCAUAUACUUAAUUAAUUUGCUGACAGCCGACUUCCUGCUGACUCUGGCAUUACCAGUGAAAAUUGUUGUUGACCUGGGCGUGGCACCCUGGAAGCUGAGGAUAUUCCACUGCCAAGUAACAGCCUGCCUCAUCUACAUUAACAUGUACUUAUCAAUUAUCUUCUUAGCGUUUGUGAGCAUUGAUCGCUGUCUUCAGUUGACACACAGCUGCAAAAUUUAUCGAAUACAAGAACCUGGAUUUGCCAAAAUGAUAUCCGCUGUCGUGUGGGUAAUGGUCCUUCUUAUAAUGGUGCCAAAUAUGUUGAUACCCAUCAAAGACAUCGAGGAAAAGCUGAAUGUGGGAUGCAUGGAAUUCAAAAGGGAGAUUGGAAAAAACUGGCAUCUGAUGACAAACUUCAUAUGUGUGGCCAUAUUUUUAAAUUUCUCAGUCAUCAUUUUAAUAUCAAACUGCCUUGUAAUUCGACAACUCUACAGAAACAAAGAUAAUGAAAAUUAUUCAAAUGUGAAAAGAGCUCUCAUCAAUAUACUUUUAGUGACCACAGCCUACAUUAUAUGUUUUGUUCCUUACCACAUUGUCCGAAUCCCAUACACACUCAGCCAGACCGAAGUCAUAUCUGACUGCUCGACCAGGAAUUCACUCUUCAAGGCCAAGGAGGCCACGAUGCUGCUGGCUGUGUCGAACUUGUGUUUUGAUCCCAUCCUAUACUAUCACUUCUCAAAGGCAUUCCGCUUAAAGGUCACUGGGACUUUUGUUUCACAAAAAGGCAGCAAGGCUCAGAAAAAAAAAUCAAGUGAUGAAAAUGAUGUAUAAAUAUGGGAUCAUGUUAUAAUUUUAUGCUGUAAUUUCUUCCCUUGCUGGACAAUGACUAUAAAAUGACUGGAAAAGAGAGCCUCUGACUGUGAAGAUAGACAGCUCGCAAAUGUGACCUGGUUUACUACGAAGCAGUUUUUAAAUGCAAACCAAGCAGUAUUUCUUGGUUGAUCGUACUCCUUAAGUCAAAUAUUUAUACAAAAAAAGACUAAAAAUUCUUGUUGAACCAAUGUAAAACUCUUCAAUAUCCAUGACACCUAAAUGACUUCUGUAACACAGACACAGAAGUACUUGUGAGGUAUUCAUUUAAAUACCUGGAACUGACUUCUUGAUAUAAAAUAUGUAAAAUACAGAUGACCUGUAAACAGAUUUGAACUGCACGAGUCCACUUACAAAUUUUUUUCAAUAAAUACAUAUAGUACUAUAAACGUAUUUUCCCUUCCUUAUGAUUUUCUCAAUAACAUUUUCUUUUCUCUAGCUUAUUUUAUUAUAAGAGUACAGCAUAUAAUGCAUCUAACAUAUAAAAAUAUGUGUUAAUCAGCUGCUUAUGCUAUCAGUAUGAUUUUCAGGCAACAGCAAGCUAUUAGUAGCUAAGUAUGGGGGAGUCAAAGUUAUAUGCAGAAUCUUUACUGUGAGGGGUCAGUGCCCCUAACCUCUUCAUCAUUCAAGGGACAACGAUCAAGUCUACGUAAGUUGCCAUACACCCCUUCAGCAACACCAUUUACAGCCCUUUUGGUCACUUAAAAAAUGAAAACAACAACAAAAAAGCCAACUUAUUUUUUACAUGAAAUCACCUGAGACUGAUUUAUUUUUAAUCCUCCACUUCAAAGAAGGUAAACUUUUAGUUCACUAUUCCAAUUGUUAACAUCUAAUUGUUUCUGACAAAAUAACUAAAAAUUUUUACUUCCAAAAAGGCUUGGAAAUGCAUGGGUAGUUUUUAAUGUACUGUACAUACUUAUAUUCUACUUGAAAGUUAUGAAUAAAGAUUUCCUACUGUUAGU